AUGCAACCGUCGGCACAGUUUGCAGAUGGGCUUGGCUUCAGUCACUUGCUUCUGUCGGCAGGCAGAAGGCAUUGGCCGAGAGGAGACUUUGCUUCUCACCGUCUCUCCUCUCUCCUCUCUUUUCCCACGUCCAUCUUUCUCCCAAUACUCUGUGCUUUUUUCUCGUCCUCGUCCUCCAUCACCGACUCGAAACACAACCGCAUUCCAACCACCUGCGCCGCAACCACACCAACCGCCAACCCCUGA